AUGGCAAACCCUAGCACUGCGUUGCAGGAUAUAAAGGAGGAGGAAGAUAAUGCUUCUGAGUUAUCUGCGUCCCAGAAUACUGGAGAGGCGUCCGUUAUAAUCACUGAGAUGUCUUCAAACAACUUGUUAUCAGAGUCCAAAAAUGAACAAGAGGGCUUAAAUAUUGGUCUUGGGAUGGAGUCUACUGCACUUCCUAUUGGGGUAGCGGUUCAGAAACAACCAGAGAUUGAAACAAGAUUUCUGGGGCUUGUUAUCGACGAUAGUCUAGAACAAGAAACGACAGAAAAUAGUACGGCGAACGCCAUAAUGGAAGGCACUGAACUGACCGAUAGAGAGGAAGAACUGUUACUCCCUCCAUUGCCAGACGUGGAAACUAAAGCUGCACUCAUAUAUCAAGAGGAGACGGGAGGAAAUCUAAGUUCGGUAUCAUCUUCGGAGACAGAGUCUUCAGAUACGAUAUCGCCGGUGUUGGAUACGAAAAAUAGCGAACCAGAGGAAACUUCGUUUGAUCUUUCGCAGGCUCUCGAGAUACCUAGCCAUUCUACCACAGGCUCCUCUUUGAAUAAAAGUUCACCAACACAUAAUGCAUCAUCCUAUGGUCCACAGUCACUGUCAUCUCCCAGUAUGAGUUCUCCUAAAGUGGCUCUGAAGCAUCGAUUUUCGAAUUCGCUACUCUCACAAGCUUUAAAUCAAGAAACGUUAUUACUGUCUACAGGUACAUCGCCUCAGUUGAUGCAAACUGGAGAGUUUCCACUUCAUAAGACAAGUACUAGGUCAAGCGCUCAUACCUCUUCGAGCAGUAUAGGAACCCGGAAUAAAAGUAGAUCCAACUCUAAUGCAAUACCUCAGUUCCCAACGACUGACAACUCGGUUGGAUCGAAUAGUGGUUUAAACGUCAGCGUGGGGCUAUCUAAAAAGACUAGUAACAUGUCAAAUACAAACAGUGCCAGUAUCUAUAACAAUGCGAAUACCACGGAGGUAUCAGAUAAACGCUUUUUGGAUUUGAAGAAGUUGAUUGUGGGGCAAAAUGGAAACGAGGUUGGGUCCAACUCAUCAGAUAUAUCAACCCCAUCUUUAAGUUCUCCUUUGGAAUUGACUAAUAGUCCCCAGUAUGAAGAGAUCUUGUAUAACGCUCCAAUGGCAUCAGGGUCAUCGAAUUUGGCUAUCACAGGAAGCAGAAGCAGGUCUAACUCCAACAUUAAUACCAUCCAAAACUUUUUCUCAGGGAAUAGCAAAGCUCCUCGAAGUUCAUUUGACGAAUCUUCAGAUAAUCGAUCCUUCACGUCUUCUGAGAUUAAUGUAUCUAAGAGGGUUCCUCUACUUAGGAGAGCUUCAAGUGCUUUGCUGAGGAAACGCUCCCUUCGACAAAGUGCCGAGAAUUCACCUGAUGUAAAUACGGGACUUGGCAUUGUAUCACCAAUUAAUGAUUUCAGGAUGGCUUCGUUGGACUUGGAUGCUAUUGCUCGCUUAGAAAGUAGAAACAAGAAAAAUCUUUUUAUCAAUACAAACGACAGCAGACCGACGCUAUCGUCCAAGGAAUCCACGACAUCUUUACGAUCUACAAUGAGUAAUGAUCCUCAUAUAAAUAGAAUACCUUCAUUUGGUUCUAAAGUGAAACGCGGAUUUACAAGAAUCAUGAGUAGUGGGAAUAACUGUUCAAGAAAAGAAUCACCUACAAGUUCAAGAAUACUGAGUGACAACAUGCUGAAUGGGAAUUCCAAAGGGAAUGAUGCUGAUGCCAUUACAAUGAAUUUCGGAUUGGAUACAAACUCUGUGAACGAGUUUGUAGAGGAACACAACGGCAACAAGAACAACCUUUUAAGAAAACGGUCUAGCUCUACUUUCCAGCAGAGAAGAGCUUCACGCCUCAACAAGAGGAGUAGCAAUACCAACUCCAUCAUGUCGGAACGCGCGAACAGUGGAAAUAUAGUAAAUACCAGGAACAAGCAGCUGAUAGACACCGACGAUCAAGACUUGGAUGAAGAAGACCUCAUCAUCACAGAUGCAGAUAUGGAAGCAUUGUCCAAAAAGCUCCCAACAAUAACGAUCACUGAGAAAUUUGGAGCUAACAACACAACACCUUUGCAACAGCAAUCGAACGUGUGGUGUUACAAGACCUCGUUUGAUGAUUGGAAGAAUGCAACGAAUAAAAAACCAAGUAACGCAUCCCUUCGUAAGUAUAUCGAUAUCCUUAUCGAACAACAGACACUAGAGGACGCGAGAUUCCAAGCAUUAGAACAAAACUUCAAACAAUCUGGAUGGGUAUCCAGUCAGGAAAUUGGAUAUUUGCGCCAAAAAAGGGUGGUAAUAAACCGACAAUGGGCGGAACGAAUCUCAUUUUAUCAGAAUAAACUAGAGGAAUGA